GCAUCAAAAAAACCCUGAUCACAACUAUACGAAUCUCGUAAGGGGGUGGACCCCAAGUUUCUGAGGAACAUGUGCUUUGCCAAGAAGUACAAGAAGGGCCUGAAGAAGAUGCAGGCCAACAACGCCAAGGCCACGAGUGCACAUGCUGAGGCUGUCAGGGCUCUCUUAAAGCCCAAGGAGGUCAAGCCCAAGAUCUCAGAGGGCAGCAGCCUCAGGCUCAGUCGACUUGCCUACAGUGCUCACUCCAAGCUCGGGGAACGUGCUCCUGCCCGCAUCACCAAGGGUCUCAGGCUUUGUUGGCCAAAGGCCAAGGACAAGACUCAGACCAAGGCCACAGCUUCAGCUGCAGUUCCGGCUCUGGCUCUGGCUCCAGCUCAGGCUCCCAAUGGCACCCAGGCCCCUACAAAGUCUCCAGAGUAGAGGCUUUCAUCUACUGAUGUGAGGAUAGAAGGACUAGUGUGACCCCUGGGCUGCUGCCUGCAUGGGGCUCAUGUCUACCUGUGCUGUUUGUACAAAUAAACCUGAGGCA